CGCCCCGCAGCUGAUUCAUAGCCCCGGCCCGGGCCGCCUCGGCACGUCCGCCCCGCCGUCCACACCGGCGCCCGCACCCGCACCCGCGCCCCACACGCCGCGGAGGACUCGGCCCGGCUCGCGGAGCCCUUCGCCCGCGGCGUGAGUAUCCCCGACGCGCCCGGCCCCGCUGUGCUGGCGCCCCGGCGCGCGCCGCCCUCCCUGGCUUUUCCGACUGCCGAGCCCGCCGCUGCGCGGGAAAGAAUCUGACCACUUCGAAGCCCUUCCCGGCUGGACCGGCCGGGAGCGCAGCCGCCCGCUCCCCUCCUGGCGCUGCCCCUGCUCCGUGUUUGCCUUGGCUUCCACCUGCGCGGGGACGGCGCUCGGAGGGUCCUCGCCCCCGGCCUGCCUACCCGAAAAGCAGAGCUGAUGGCUCUAUUUGAAGUCUUUCAGACAACGUUCUUCUUAACAUUGCUGUCCUUGAGGACUUACCAGAGUGAAGUCUUGGCUGAACGUGUACCAUUGACUCCUGUAUCACUUAAAGUUUCCACCAAUUCUGCACGCCAGAGUUUGCAUUUACAAUGGACUGUCCAAAACCUUCCAUAUCAUCAGGAAUUGAAAAUGGUAUUUCAGAUCCAGAUCAGUAGAAUUGAAACAUCCAAUGUCAUCUGGGUGGGGAAUUAUAGCACCACUGUGAAGUGGAACCAGGUUUUGCAUUGGAGCUGGGAAUCCGAACUCCCUUUGGAAUGUGCAACACACUUUGUAAGAAUAAAGAGUGUGGUGGACGAUGCCAGGUUCCCUGAGCCAAAUUUCUGGAGCAACUGGAGUUCAUGGGAGGAAGUCAGUGGUAAGGAAACAAGCACUGAAAGGUUAAAGAAGCCAUGCAAGGUCACCACGCCACUAAGUGUACAAGAUUCUCUUGGACAGGAUAUACUGUUUGUUUUCCCUAAAGAUAAACUGGUGGAAGAAGGUGCCAAUGUCACCAUUUGCUACAUUUCUAGAAACAUUCAAAAUAAUGUAUCCUGUUAUUGGGAAGGGAAACAGAUUUAUGGAGAACAACUUGAUCCACAUGUAUCUGUAUUCCACUUGAGUAGUGUGCCUUUCAUUAGGAAAACAGGGGCAGAUAUGUAUUGUGAGGUGAGCCAAGGAAAUGUCUCUACAAGCAUAAAAGGCAUCGUUCUCUUUGUCUCAAAAGUACUUGAGGAGCCCAAGGACUUUUCUUGUGAAACCCGGGACUUCAAGACUUUGCACUGUACUUGGGAUCCUGGGGUGGACACUGCCUUGGGGUGGUCUAAACAACCUUCCCAAAGCUACACUUUAUUUGAAUCAUUUUCUGGGGAAAAGAAACUUUGUACCCACCAAAACUGGUGUAAUUGGCAGAUAACUCAAGACUCACAAGAAACUUAUAACUUCACACUCAUAGCUGAAAAUUACCUAAGGAAGAGAAGUGUCAAUAUCCUUUUUAACCUGACUCAUCAAGUUUAUCCAAUGAAUCCUUUUAGUGUCAACUUUGAAAAUGUAAAUGCCACAAACGCCAUCAUGACCUGGAAGGUGUACUCCGUGAAGAAUAAUUUCACAUAUUUGUGUCAGAUUGAAGUCUAUUGUGAAGGAAAAAUGAAGCAACAAUACAAUGUUUCCAUCAAGAUGAAUGGUGAGUACUUCUUAAGUGACCUGGAACCUUUCACAGAAUAUAUGGCCCGAGUACGCUGUGCUGGUGCGAGCCACUUCUGGAAAUGGAGUCAGUGGAGUGGUCAGAACUUCACCACACUUGAAGCCGCUCCCUCAGAGGCCCCUGAUGUCUGGAGAAAUGUGAACUCAGAACCAGGAAGUCACAUUGUGACCUUAUUCUGGAAGCCUUUAUCAAAAUUGCAUGCCAAUGGAAAGAUCCUGUUCUACAAUGUAGUUGUAGAAAAUCUAGACAAACCAUCCAAGUCAGAGCUCCAUUCCGUUCCUGCACCGGCCAAAAGCACAAAACUCACUCUCGACCGGCAUUCCUAUGAAAUCUGGGUCACAGCCAACAACAGUGUGGGCGCCUCUCCUGCUUCUAUAAUAGUCAUCUCUGCAGACCCUGAAAACCAAGAGGUUGAGGAAGAAAGAAUUGCAGACACAGAGGGUCGAUUCUCUCUGUCUUGGAAACCCCAACCUGGAGAUGUUGUAGGCUAUGUUGUGGACUGGUGUGACCAUCCCCAGUAUACACUCUGUGAUCUCCAGUGGAAGAAUGUAGGUCCCAAUGCCACAAGCACAGUCAUUAGCACAGAUGCUUUUAGGCCAGGAGUUCGAUACAACUUCAGAAUUUAUGGGUUAUCUACAAAAAGAAUUGCUUGUUUAUUAGAGAAGAAAACAGGAUACUCUCAGGAACUUGCUCCUUCAGACAACCCUCACAUGCUGGUAGAUAAGUUGACAUCCCAUUCCUUCACUCUGAGUUGGAAAUAUUACUCCACUGAAUCUCAACCUGGUUUUAUACAGGGGUAUCAUGUCUAUCUGAAAUCCAAGGCGAGACAGUGCCAUCCACGAUUUGAAAGGGCAGUUCUUACAGAUGGUUCAGAAUGUUGCAAAUACAAAAUUGACAACCCAGAAGAAAAGGCAUUGAUUGUGGACAACCUAAAGCCGAAAUCCGUCUAUGAGAUUUUCGUCACUCCAUUCACUAGUGCUGGUGAGGGCCCCAAUGCUACGUUCACGAAGGUCACCACUCCGGAUGAACACUCCUCGAUGCUGAUUUACAUCCUACUGCCGAUGUCUUUCUGCGUCUUGCUCAUCAUGAUCGGGUGCUACUUGAAAAGUCAGUGGAUUAAGGAGACAUGUUACCCUGACAUCCCUGACCCUUACAAGAGCAGCAUCCUGUCAUUAAUAAAAUUCAAGGAGAAACCUCACCUAACAAUAAUGAAUGUCAGUGACUGUAUUCCAGAUGCUAUCGAAGUUGUAAGCAAGCCAGAAGGGACAAAGAUACAGUUUAGGAAGUCACUCACAGAAACUGAGUUGACUAAGCCUAACUACCUUUACCUCCUUCCAACAGAAAAGAAUCACUCUGGCCCUGUCCCCUUCAUCUGUUUUGAGAACUUGACCUAUAACCAGGCAACUUCUGACUCUGGCUCUUGCGGCCAUGUUCCAGUACCCAUGAAACCUCCCCCAAGUCAGCUGGGACUAAUGAUCUCACCUGAAAAUGUAAAAAAGGCACUAGGAAAAAACUACAUGAACUCCCUGGGAGAAAUCUCAGCUGGAGGAACAAAUUUGAAUUAUGUGUCCCAGUUGGCUUCACCCAUGUCUGGAGACAAGGACAGUCUCCCAACAAAUCCAGUAGAGCCAUCAAACUGUUCAGAGUAUAAAAGGCAAAUGGCAGUACCCCUCUGUCUUGCCUCGCCUCCCCUGACCGAGAAUAGCAGCCUCUCCUCGAUUACCCUUUUAAAUCCAGGUGAGCACUACCGCUAACCAGCAUGCCAACUGCAUACCUUAUGCUACACAGACAUUAAGAGGAGCAGAGUUGCCACCCUCUCAUCACUGGUGGCCUUGGUCCUUAAUCCCAUUACGAUUUGCAGUCUGGUUUAUGUAAGAGUACUACAAUCUGGCUAGGUUAAAGGCCAGAAGCUAUGGAAUGUUAACAAUCCCUGUUGGAGGAGGCUUGCCCUAGAAAUGGCAGGAUCAUGGGAGCAUGCUUACCUUGCUGCUGUUUAUUCCAGGCUCACCUUUAGAACGGGAGACUUGAGCUUGACAUAAGGAAAUGCAUUAACCACUCCACAGACUCCCACUCAGUACUGUACAGGAUGACUGUGGUCCUGUAAGGUUACUGAGGAAAUAUUUUCGUUAGAAACAAUUAUUAGAUUGAAGGCUUCAAUAAAAGCCACAGGAGACUUAUUCCUACAGCAUAAAUUGUCAAUGUAAAUUUACUGAGUGUGUUUAAUUAAAAACUCACAGAUGUUUGAGGCCAAAACAGAUUUUAGACUCCCUUGAAGGGAUAAGAAUCUAUAGUUCAUUGACACGGUAAAAUUAACUCUGUGGUGGAAGAGGGGACGUAGAUCUAAUCUAAUACGUAAACUGUGUGAUGAAUCAACAAGAUUUCUACAAUUCCAUCAAGUUUAUUACCGGGAAAGAAUGGGACUGGCAAAGAACUACUUACUGUCAGUUACACCUCGGCUCCAUAGUCAUCAGUAUUCUACCAUAAUUUUUUAUGACUACCUCAGAACAGAACAUAAAAAGGAAAAUAUAUCACAUAAUUCCAUUCAGUUUUUGGCUCCUCUUUUCUUUCAAGAACUAUAUAUACAUGACGUGUUUUCACUUAGCAUCCUUUGGACUCUGUAGUAGGUUGCCUGGGUCAAGAUAACUGUCACAUUUAUAUUCAUAUUAUACUAAAAUAAUAAGUAAAAUGAAACCUGUUGCUGUACAUAAUUUAGAUAUAACUAAAAAGUUCUAUGGAGUGGGAAAUUCUGUGUUGGCUUUGGAGCAACUUUGUCUCCUCUGAACCAAUAUAUGCAAAUCACUUGGUACACAACUAGUGUUUAGUACAUGUUAGUUCUUCAGAUGGGGCAAUCUCAGCUCACUGCAGCUUCUCCCUCCUGGGUACAAGCAAUUCUCCUGCCACAGCCUCCAGAGUACCUAGGGCUCCAGGUGCACACCACCACACCUGGCUAGUUUUUGUAUUUUUAGUAGAGAUUGGGUUUCACCAUGUUGGUCAGGCUGGUCUUGAACUCCUGACCUCAAGUGAUCUGCCUGCCUUGGUCUCCCCAAGUGCUGGGAUUAUAGUCAUGAGCCACCACACCCAGCCUUAUUUGUCACAUUUUUUUUUAUUUUUUGAGACAGAGUUUCACUCUUGUUGCCCAGGUUGGAGUGCAAUGGUGUCACCUCAGCUCACUGCAACCUCAGCCUCCCAGGUUCAAGCAAUUCUCUUGUCUCAGCCUCCUGAGUAGCUGGGAUCACAGGCAUGCAUCACCAUGCCUAGCUAAUUUUGUAUCUUUAGUAGAGGAGAUGGGGUUUCACCAUCUUAGGCAGGUCUCGAACUCCUGACCUCAGGUGACCCGCCCACCUUGGCCUCCCAAAGUGCUGGGAUUACAGGCAUGAGCCACCACACCUGCUGUCACAUUUCCUGCCUGCCAUCAGCAUUCAAUGGCUCUGCCUAUGCUCGUGCCUCUAGUGCCCACUCCCUUGCACUGUGCCAUUCAACACUAUGAAGAGAAACAAGUAGCCACACCUCAAAAUAAUGUGGCUGUCAACUGGCCUAAAUAAACCUAUACAAACCAGUACUUCUGUUUGAGCUUUUCUGCUUUUGCCUUACAGGUAACUAAGCCUUUAGCUGGAAACAUUGCUCCUCACAUAGUACGAAGUGGUAUCCUAAUUAGUCUAACAGUUGUGUUAGACUUUAGGGCCAGUGUUGUCAGCAUUUAUUUACAUACCUUUGUCAUGAUGGGGUAUUUUUCAUUUGAAACUUGUUCACAAAAAUGUCAAUGACAUUGAUGACUGAUUUGUACAUAUUUUUCAUAUAGUUUUUAAAAAAUAAUUCACACAAAACUUUGAAGUCAUUUUUGCUAUUGCAAUAAACCUUAAAAUAUUUCAUCAUCACAUUGUGUUUAUCUCCCCCAAUGAAAUGAAAAUCUAGUAAUUACUCAGUUUAGAUGAUCAUCACCUCAUGAACAUACUAAAUAAAAAUGUACAUUACUGGGUAUGACUACAAGCCUCUUAAUCAGAAUCUUUGGGGCAUGGACUUGGAGUCUAUUUUUCAUCAGUUCCUAGGCAUUCAGAUACACACUAAACUUUGAGAAUCACUGGCCUAAAUGAAGUCUUUCUGAAAUAGAACAUGCCAAUAGGAAACGCUGGGCUAUGUAACUUUUGUCUUCAUAAUAUCACUAUGGCCUAUAGUCUUGGCUGUAAACAUUUCCUCUUCAAUGUUCAUAACCAAGUUAAGUUCAUGUUCAAAACCUUAGUUUUCAAUUCUAUAUGCCAUCUUAACAUGGCUUUAAGAAGUGUUAUUUGGAAACUUUGAAAUACACAUUCAUGUGUCAGAAAAAUGGAAAAUUUCAAAUACACUCCAAAGUAGAAUAGUUUAAUAAACCUCUAUGUAUCAUCUCCAGCCCCAACGGUCACUACCCACCAUUUCAGCUCCAUCCAUACCCCUGUGUGCUCUUCGUCCUUACAUUAUUUUGAAGCAAAUCAUGACUUCAUGUAAAUAUGAGUUUCUCUAAAUAAGCUCUACUUUUUCUAAUAUAGUCAUAAUACUAUUUAAAAAUUGCAUAUAAAAUCACAAUGCCUUAAAAACAUCAGGAUAUUUGGGUGGACAGGACUAGCAGUAAUGGCCUUUAAAUCCUACAUCAGCCUGUGCAUGGUUCUCACCUGUGUGCAGAAGACCUCUAUGAUUCAGGAUGGGAGUUGGGACCUCUUCACACAACAGUCAUACACCUGCUGAAACGCUUCCUACAUUCAAACACCUAAUUAAUUCAUACUAAGUAGGGUCAACCUCGUUGCCUACUUGACUGCUAAGAUCGUCAAGGCUUAAUAUCUUGUUAACACUCCUAAGAAUUCUGUUGAAAGAUAUGCUUUCAUCUCAAAUAAUUUACAAAACAUGUUAAAGCACUCUGCAUAAACUAGAACUUUUAAAACACUGCAAGAGAAACAAUAGAAGAUAAAGUUUUCAUAGCUGUCAGUUAAAAUGUUUUCAACACAAUAGAUAUAUUCAAUUUGAAAGCAUAGUUGCUUUAUUCCUCUAAGCAUUAAGGAAAGUUUUAGUACAUUUUAGUUUUUAAAAUCAAUAUUGAAGUAGUACAUAUUUUGGGGCAUUUUAUAUGCUAAAGAGUUUUAAAAAUGAAACAAUCUUUUCCAAGUUUGGCAUAUUAGGACUUUUUUCAAAAGAUCAGCUGCAUGCUGAUUAUAAGUAUGAUUUUUAGUUUAUUUUGGGGCCAACUAAGUUUUCAAUGACAUAUAGAGUGGAAGACAUUGGGAAAAAUGAUACACAGAAAUUUGCCAAACUAUCCGAAACAAAAUGUUUCUUGAAGUGAAACAUGUAGUUUACCAUAUUUUAUUAACAGAUCCUACACUUUGACACUCAACUUUAUUCUCCAGAAUUGGUCAUUUCUGUGGUAUUGUCUUUUGCCAGUAAGUGGUUGUAGGUAACCUUAUCCAAUCAGGGCAAUUCAUGCAUGAGAAAUUAAAUACCUCCCACAGAUGUCACCAAUGUCAUAUCAUCAUUUAUAAUAUUGUACAUUAUUUCCUCAAAAAAUUCAGAGCUGUUUUAUCUAAAGAUGUUGACCCAUUUUCCAAAUUCCAUGUCUUUAACAGAUUUUUUAAAAACUCCGAAGAUGUUUGAUUAAAUUACAAAGUGUUUAAGGAGAGUAUUGCUUUGAAAUAUUUGUCACAGCUACUUUGUCUGUGGGACCUGAAAGUCACUUUUGCUUGUAGUCUCACAUAUGUCAGCAUCAGCAUUACAGGACUCAAAUCAAGGCCAUAUGACUACUGACUGUUUUAAGAUUUCAAAUGAAACAAUGGCAAAGAGUUUAAGAAUUUUAAGUACAUUUUAUUAACAAUGUAUCCCUUUGAUAAGAUUAUGCUUCAGGAGGCUUUUAAUGCCGUUGACAUAAACUGUACACAUUAUACAAAAACAAGAAAAUCACAACAAAAAAAUCAAGGUGAGCAAAACCAUUUGGGGACAAAUCUUAUUUAAAUUAUACACAGCUCGAUGAAAUAUUCUUACAGAAAAAAUAUAAAUACUUUUUCUAUGUUACAGUUAUACAAUAUAAAUCAGAUUUCAAUGUCUGUUCAGUGACCUACAAACAUCAGAACCUCCAAAUAUGUAGCAGCGUAUUACUAAAUAAUAAAGAAGAAAAUUGUGGUUAGAGAGCAUUAAGUCUGAGAUUUUUUUCAUAAUUCCUUACCACUUUUCAAAACUAAUUUACACCAUUUGUUUUACAAUGCAGCUUUAGGGUUUCUGACAGGCAUUUUUCUAACAAUUCCCUAUAAAAUUUUUUUCACUCCCCCUCUAUGCCGCAACACUUUGCAUUUUGUGCUAAAUCAACCAAGUAGCAAAAUUGAAAGGUAUGCUGUUUUUUUGGCAUAAAUUAUAUUUUUGAAAUUAAAUAUUUUAUAAAGAAAGCAAAACGAAAUGUGCAAUUUAUGCAUGCUGUAGUACAGCUAUCCGAUACUUACAUUACAAAAAUACUCCAAAUGGGAAGAAGUCCACAUUCUGUGAGUCAUAUAAACCUAGUAGGAAUGAAAAAUACCCUGGAACUUAGAACUAAAAGAAAAAAAGAAUGCUCCUAGAAAGAUUCUCACAGAUUUCAGUGUUCUUUGAUAAGCACUGCUAUUAAUUUCACUGGUAUGCUUUUUAAUGAGAUUCUCACUGUAAUGACACUCUUGAGAUUAAGAUAGUAACAGUGUAUUUUGUUAAUCCAGAGACAACGGCGACUUUUUCCAACUUCCAUUUUGGAAAAUCUGAAAUGUUGGUUCAUUCCAAACAGCUUUUCCAAUAAAAGUCUCUCAAUUUUACCUUUUCUUUUUUUCCCAUGUUUUAAUGGAUUGUGAAUCUGAGACAAAACUGGAAGCAUAACAGUAAAGGGGGAAAUAAAACUUACUUCCAAAGAACAUUUUCCAAUGUACUUUAUAAAGUUCAUCUCACACAAAAUUAGCACCUCACUCUUACCAUGCGAAAAUAACUGCAGUUAUAAUUUGAAUGACAGACAAUUUGGUUUUUAUUGCUUAGUGAUCUGUGCUUUAAUGAGGGGAUAAAAGGCAUCCUCUGAAUGGAAUAACGUUUUAUAUAAAUAGCAGUAGGCAAAUCUAAAUAAGCACUGACAUCCCACUGUUGAACACUUCACCAUUGUGAUAUGCCCUGAAAAAUUCAGCUUUAAUUAUCUCAAGCUCUAGAUAAAAGAGCUGAAACCCAUAAAAGCUGUCAUUUCAAAAGGACUUGUACACAUUGUUAUAAUAAUGUAUACACUUCCAAAGAACCUUUUUAAAUGUCACUGUCAUACAGAAUGUCAUUAUUCUACUAAUAUUUAUUAGAAAAAAUUUAAUUAGAAUAGACUGUUUUCCCCUUCAAAUCUAAAAAUAAACAGGAAAUAAAGGUUUAAGAAAUUUUAGAACAUAUAUAAUUAUAAAUACUAAAUUUCUAAUUUCCUUAUUUAUCAGUAUUUAGUAUGUGAGGCUGAAAUCUGUUCUUGAAAAAAGUUUAAUUAGAAGUAACAAUUCACUUUAUGAUUAGAAAUUCACAGUUUAUAACCAGCACGACUGCCCAAAUUCCUCCAAAUUAUUCAAUAAUUACCAAUAGUACAAAUUUAUAUGGACUAAGAUUAAUCCUAAAAUCUUUAAAAACUACAUUAUUGACAUUAUUUUGGUAUUCUAUAGUCUGCUGUAUCUAUUAUUUAUAGAUGAUUUUCUCAAUUAUUUCUAUUACUGCUGAUAUCAUUCCUAACCACUUCUGCUAUAAUUUAAUAUUUUUAAACACCUAAGUUAAUCACUUGGCACUGCAUGUAUUUUUCACCAUAAAGUCUACUUUUUACAAACAAGUACUCAAAGAAAAUGUAUUAGACCUGUCAGUGAAACCACGGAGAAACCAAAUAGCACUAUAAAUUUAAGCAUAGACUUUUUUUUUAAAGUAUACUGAUAAACACAAAGCUCUGAGUAUCUCCCUAAAUUAAGUGAUAUAGGCAGAUACCAUAAUGUAUACAUACAUAUUUCUCAAAGUAACAGUUUAAAAAAAAAAACAACCUAUUCAGGCAAUAGUAACAGCUUUAUUUUAGGACAGAUGACCAAGGUGGGGGUCCAGGGACAGUGAUGGUGGGGGAAGGUGUGUGUGUGUGUGUGUGUGUGUGUGUGUGU